GUGAUUGUUAUCCUUUUUAAAGGGAAUUUAAUUUAAGGUGUGACUUGUCCUAGGGUGCUUUUGUCUAAAAACCAGCAAAGCCAAUCAAGACACAGUUUUGUGAAGGACGAUGGAUACUUCAGGCAUGCUUAUGAUGGGCCAUACUCUAAAGGAAACAAGGACUCAACAGGGCCUGACAACUUGCUCACAUCCAGACGACAAAGCAUCCCAGAGAUGCGUGGGGUUACACUGGUUGAGCUGAUUAAGAAAGAGGGCAGCACUCUGGGUCUUACCAUCUCAGGCGGCACAGACAAGGACGGCAAACCCCGCGUCUCCAAUCUACGGCCAGGUGGACUUGCUGCUAGGAGUGAUCAACUCAAUGUGGGCGACUACAUCAAGUCGGUCAAUGGCAUCAACCUGACCAAACUGCGUCAUGAUGAGAUCAUCAGUCUGUUAAAGAACAUAGGAGAGCGUGUCGUGCUGGAAGUGGAGUAUGAACUGCCUUCAGCUGCUCCAGACAGUACCUCAGGUGUUAUUUCCAAGACAAUCGACAUCUGUUUGCAGAAAGAGGGCAACAGCUUCGGCUUUGUGAUGCGAGGUGGCACCCAUGAGGACUGGCACAAAACUAGACCUUUAGUGGUGACACAUGUACGGCCAGGUAGCCCCGCCGACAGAGAAGGGACAUUCAAAGCAGGCGAUCGGAUCUUAUGUGUGGAUGGCGUGCCUUUACACAGUGCCAGUCACAGUGAUGCCCUGACUGUACUUAACCAGUGUGGCCAGGAAGCCCUGUUCCAGAUCGAGUAUGAUGUCUCCAUCGUGGACUCUGUGACAAACGCUUCAGGUCCAAUGUUGGUUGAGAUCGCCAAGGCGCCUGGAGCGAGUCUGGGAAUUACUCUGACCACUGCCAUGCACAGGAACAAGCAAGCCAUCGUCAUUGACAAGAUUAAACCAGGCAGUGUGGUGGACAGGUCAGGAGCGUUACACUUGGGUGAUCAUAUCCUGUCUAUAGAUGGUACCAGCACAGAGCACUGUUCAGUUCUGGAGGCAACACAGCUGCUGGCCAGCACCACUGAUCAGACCAAACUAGAGAUCCUGCCCGCAAACCAAACACGCCUACCCGGGAAUCCCCAGGACACUGUGAAAGUCCAGAAAAGUGACCACCCUCACUGCUGGGACCCCUGUGUGAACUACUGCCAUACUCAACAUCCUGGUCAUUGUAAAACAGCAACAUGGACGUCUGCUUCCAGUAACCCAUCCAGCUCUCAGGAUUACUGCAAAUCUGUAGUCUGUAGUAACUUCUCCCCAGGCUCCACAACCACAUCGGGCAUAACCAGCCAGGGUUCCAGCACGCUGCCCCGCACCGCCCCUCCCAUGAGCCCCCGCAACUCCAUGCUGAAGAGAAGACAGAGGAAAAAAGAGCACAAGUGCUCGUCUGUGUCUUUAGCCUCAAGUUCUGUGGGCCCUGGUGGUCAGAUAGUCCACACAGAGUCCAUUGAGGUCACUCUGAGAGGUGACCCUCUAAAUGGGUUUGGGGUUCAGCUACAAGGUGGAAUAUUCGCAACGGAGACCCUCUCUGCACCCCCUUUGAUCCGCUUCAUAGAGCCCGACAGCUCAGCGGAAAGGUGUGGGCUGCUUCAGGUUGGAGAUAGAGUCUCAUCCAUCAAUAGAAUUCCUACAGAAGAUGGAACGCUGGAGGAGGCCAAUCAGCUGCUCCGAGAUGCUGCUCUGGCCAAUAAGGUCACUCUAGAGAUUGAGUUUGAUGUGGCAGAAUCAGUUGUGCCUAGCAGUGGAACUUUCCAUGUAAAACUCCAGAAGAAGAGAGAAGUAGAACUGGGAAUCACUAUCAGUGCCAGUAAGAAACCAGGAGAAGCUUUAAUCAUUUCUGACAUUAAAAAAGGCAGCAUGGCCCACAGAACAGGAACUCUGGAGCCCGGAGACAAGCUGCUGGCCAUAGAUAACAUCCGCCUGGAAAACUGCUCCAUGGAGGACGCUGUCCAGAUCCUCGAGCAGAGUGAAGACCUGGUCAAACUCAAGAUCCGCAAGGAUGAGGACAACUCAGAUGAGCAGGAAGCGUCCGGCUCCAUCAUCUACACGGUGGAACUGAAACGGUAUGGCGGCCCGCUGGGCAUCACAAUCUCCGGCACAGAGGAGCCCUUUGACCCCAUCAUCAUCUCAGGCUUGACCAAGAGGGGUCUCGCUGAGAGGACUGGAGCUAUACAUGUUGGAGAUCGAAUUUUGGCCAUCAACAACGUUAGCUUGAAGGGUAAACCGCUGAGUGAAGCCAUACACCUGCUACAGAUGGCAGGAGAGACCGUCACCCUCAAAAUCAAGAAACAGACAGACACACCAGACGAUCAAAAGAAAGACAGCGAUCUUUAUGACGAGCUCAGUGAUAACGAGGAUGAGAUGACAGACUCGCAGAAGACAAAUAAACUGUCAGAGAUUUAUUCCACCACCAUCCCCAGUGUGGACUCAGCGAUGGAGUCAUGGGAUGGCUCGGGAAUUGAUGCUGGUUAUAGCAGUCAAGGUGCCUACAUCCAUCAGGCUGCUGGCAUAGCGUUACACCCUCACGAGUGGCGUAGCAGCAAACAGAGAAACAGCUCCCCUCCUUCCUCCCGCCGCAAAAACUACCCCUUCAGUGAUGGAGGCUUCAGUGAAGACGAUUGGGACAAGGCUACUGGAUAUGCCAGCCAGACUCAUACCGAUAGUCUGAUAAUGGAGCAGGAAGACAGUUUCUGGUGCCAGGCCCUGGAAGACCUGGAGACAUGCGGGCAGUCCGAGCUACUGCGUGAGAUUGAGGCAUCGAUAAUGACUGGCAGUGCCCUAAGUCUGGGUGUAGAGGGUGGAAAGGCCCACAGCAAAGCAGUCAACCAGCCCCACCUCAGCCCUCUGCGGAAGAACCCACAUCUUCAAAAUGAGACCAAGAAUAAGAGCACACUCCGCAUGUCUGAAAAGACCUGGGAAUCACGGAGAAUCAAAGAAGAGAUACAGGACAUCCUGUCACCCACUCCAUUAGAGCUUCACAAGGUGACGGUGAUGAAAGAUCCAGAGAGAGAUGACUUCGGGUUUAGUGUGUCUGACGGUUUCUUGGAAAAGGGUGUUUAUGUGAACAUGAUCAGACCAGAGGGCCCAGCAGACCGUGCCGGACUCAAACCCUACGACAGGAUUCUCCAGGUAAACCAUGUGCGUACACGUGAAUUUGACUGCUGCUUGGCCGUGCCACUCAUCACAGAAGCCGGAGACAAACUUGAGUUGGUGAUUAGCCGAAACCCGUUAACACAGCCGGGUGUCGCCCAGCCCAACGAAUGCCAUCCCCACUUCACAUCUGUAGGCCAUUCCCGUGAGCACCAGACCAGCACGCUGGACCUGUGACCCUUAAGAAACUCGAACUGUGACACACUGGACCAUUUGUUGCAACAGACUAUCAUUAUGAGCCAUGAUUUACUGUUUUCAUUACAAAAUUCUACUGAACUGAUAUAUCUAGGAUUCAAAAGAUUAUACGGAGGGAUUGUUGAGACUUUAUACAGUAUGACGAAAGAUUUGAGCCACAGUUUUCUGAAAAGAAUCUGAGCCAGUUUUUCUAAAUCUAAAAAGAAUUAUAAAUAAAAUAACACAAAAAAAAGUACUUGGACUACUACAAUGCAUACUGUAAAUGAACUUUGCUCCAUCUAAAGCAAGUAAAAAAAAAAAUGUCAGGUUGUUUUAUUUUUGUUUUUUGUUUAGAUAGCAAACACACUGUCACCAAAGUUUUUUUUUUUUUUUUGCUGCUGGACUUGAAAGGACUUUGCCCCAUCUAAUAAGUUUUUAUUUGUAUUUCUUUUUUACUUUUUUUUUUUUUUGUUGCUGGCUUGAAAGGACAUUUCCAAACCUACUGCAAGUAACUUUUUAAAUUUGUUUUGUUUUGUUUCGUUGAUAGACUUGAAAGGACUUUGCCCCAUCUAAUAAAAGUGUUUCUUUUUUAUUGUUUGUUUGUAUGUUUGAUGGCUUGAAAGGACUUUGCCACACCUUCUGCAAGUACAAUUAUUUUUAAUCUUGUUUUGUUUUGUGUUUUGGUUUGUUUUAUUUUAUUUUAUUACUGGACUUGAAAGGACUUUGCCCCAUCUAAAAAAAAGUAUUUAAUUUUUUGUAAGUUUGUUUGUUUGUUUUUUGUUUUGUUGCUGGCUUGAAAGGACUUUCCCACACCUACUGAAAGUAACACAUUUUUUUGUUUUGUUUACUUGAAAGGACUUUUCUCUAUUUAAUGCAAUAUAUUAUUUUUGUUUUAAAUUUUUUGCUGGACUUGAAAGGACUUAUCCCCAUCUAAUGCAACUAACAUAAUUAUUAGUAUUUUAUCUUUUUGUUUUGUUCUGGUUUCUUUUCUUGUUUUGUUUUGUUUUGUUUACACAAAAACCGUACUGCUUACAUUUUGUCACAAAAGAUCACAAAAAAUAUACUUUGUCCAAAUGUUUACAAAAGAGAAAAUGAGUAGAUCCUUGGUAGACUUGUUUCUAUGUCCUUGUAUUUCCUUUUUCAGCAACAGUGUUUUAACGAAAAAAGUUAUCCAUAUUUAACUCCAAAUUUAGCUUAUUUUUUGCAUUUCAGUCCUGGCUGAUUCAGUCACAAGGUGACUGCCAGCUGCUCAAAAAAGUAAAAAGCGGUUUGAUUUCGCAACAAAGACUUCACAGCCACUCGUGUUAACACCACGUGAAGUCAUAUGUUUCCUGUACUUCAUUUUCUUGGGCCAUACACAUUUCAAGUCACUUUCGUUUCUCACAGUUCUGACCUUACACGCUUCCUCAAGCAUUUGUGAAAAACUGUGAAAUGAGAGGCAAACUAAUACAUUGUUGAUGCUUUUUUUAGUGUGCAGUACACGCUUCCAUUACCCACAUCCUUAAACAACACCUUAUACACUCAUGCAGCAAUAAAUUCAAGGUCUAACAUGUUUCCUAUGGACAUUAUGAAAAUCUAAAAAAAAAGAAAACGCUUUGAAAAAAGCCUUUUGAAAAGUACUAUCAUAGCCCUAUAUUCUCAUCCCACUUUCCUCUCUGUAUCUAUUAACACUAAACUGUUGCCACUAUUUAGUAUUCAUACCAGUCUCUGCAUAUGUCCAGACAUCAAGGACACUUCAUGUACUGUGACAAUAGAUUGUUGCCAAGCUGUCAUUUACCACCACUGGCCAAAUAUCACAAAUGUUUCCGCUAGAGGCUAUUUUGGACUCACCGUCCCUUAGUGUUUGUAAAACCGUCACAUCGUUAACUCAUGUUUGGCUUUUAUCUGGGCUCCAUCUGUAACAAAGGUCACAUCUUUGUGGUCAUAUGGUCCCAAAGUCUAUUAACCUCCACUGAUCAUUUAUCUAGUGUUUCACAAAAUCAAGAUUUAUGUUCAUUGGUGGGUUGAGGUAAAAUAUAUAGUGGGGUUAUUAUACUUUAUAAGAUCAGAUUUAUUUAUUUUACAAAAAUUGUAUCAUUGGUUCACCUAAUAAACCAAAGUAAAUUCUAGUUCCGGAACCAAAAAUGUCAGCAAUAGAUUUUAUUUAUUUUGCUCUCAUGCAUUCUUCCCACACUUAAAUGUCUAUUUUUGGAAUCAUUUAUCUAAGCUCCUUGAAUAUGAUCCCAUCCACACCAGAACACUUAUUCUCUGCAAUUCUGUGGAUUAGAUGAGUUCAUUUAUUUUAUUUUUGGAAAGCACAAACAAAAUCUAUUUGUAGAAAGCACUCAGGAGCGAAUUCACUAAACAGUUGCACCACUUUUUGCAUGUGGAAUUUCAGUGGCGAAAGAUGUGUCUUAUUUUCUAAUGUACUACAAGCAGCCGCCAGUAUUUAAAUGAAAUCAUUAUCAUUCCUUGAAAGUCAAGCACACUUUCGGCAUGUUAAAGAGAUGAUUCAGGUGUCUGGAUCACAGUAGUGGAGUGGUGCUGCAUCCUCAAAUAUAUAGAGCUCAAAACCAACCCAUAUAAUCAGAAUUGUGGUCCUGCAAAUUGCGUUCACCACAGAUUUUGUGGGCACGUUGGGUCCUUGCUUGAUCUGCAUAAUUCCUUUAGUGAAUCGAGCGCUAAGUGCAAACAGCGUGUGCAAAUAAACAGUCCUAUUACUGGCCGCAAUUCAUUCUUAGUGAAUACCCCCCUCGUUGUUCUAAAGACUUGGUUUCUUUUCAGUCGAACAGUCAGAGCCUGUUUGAGCCCCUCGCAUUAGAAGUCAACCCAAGGUUCACUCCUUGGCCUCUGCAACUUCCUGUCUGUCUUAUAUAACUCUACCAACUGCUUGCAAAAACUAACCACAACAAAUAAGACCGUUAUUUAUUUGAGAUCUCUAAAUUUAAGGUCUGCAUUGCGGUAGACCAUGUUGCCACAUUGCAAGACGAAUGCUAGUAAGCAAAGUUAUAUCUUGAUACAACACACUUUAAGGGUCAAAUUUGAUGUUUUCCUUUCUUUUUCAGAGCAUUGUAACCAUGGCAGUAGUCUAUGUAAGUAUUUUAAUGUGUUAUACGUACUAUUCCAGGGGGAAAAAACAAUGGAGUUGCUUUAAUAUGUGCAAUAUUGAGGCCAUAGACAGACGUUUAAAGGAUUUUACAUAAGCUUUAUAAAUCUCCAAAUGUGUUCAUCCCUAUGCAUUUUGAAUUCCUGACCAAUGUAUGCAUUGAUAUUAAUGUGUAUUUUUGAAUGUGUAAAAUGAAAGUUCUUUUCUCUGUACAGUAUUUUUGUAUGAACUCUAAACCUUGCUGUUUCCACAGCAUAUUGACGCACAAUGACGAAAGAGAACUGAUUAUGAUGUCUAUUUAUGUUGGGCUAGACUGGUUUGGUGUUGAAACUCAUUCCUUGUCAAUCCGGGAAUGUGAUUAUGAAAUCAUUUUCUAAAAAAAAAACAUCAGAAUAAAAAAAGGUUAA